ACUACCUGAAACAUCACCAUGGGCAAGAUCAUCCUUUUCGAGGAGAAGAAUCUCCAGGGUCGCUCCUAUGAGUGCCUCAACGAUUGCCCCGAGCUGACCUCUGUCCUGAGCCGCUGCCAGUCCUGCCGGGUGGAGAGCGGUUGCUUCAUGGUUUAUGACCGCUCCAACUUCCUGGGCAACCAGCUGUUCCUGAAGAGAGGGGAGUACCUCGACCUGCAGCGCAUGACGACUGUGGGAGUCACCCUGGACUCCAUCAGAUCCUGCAAAAUGAUCCCUUUACACAGAGGCCAGUUCAAGAUUAAGAUCUUUGAGCGUGAGAACUUGAGCGGUCAGUCCAAUGAACUCCAGGAGGACUGCGAGAACAUCAUGGAGCGCUUCCGCAUGAACGACAUCCUGUCCUGCCAAGUGUUGGAGGGUCACUGGCUGCUCUUUGAGCAGCCCAACUUCCGUGGCAGGAUGAUCUAUGUGAAGCCCGGUGAGCACCGCAGCCUCAGGGAGUUGAGCCAGAGCGGAAUUAGGAUCAUCAGCUUGAGGCGUAUCACUGACAUGUGCUAG